AUGCAUUGGACGUCACUCUUGAGUGCUAUUCUGCUUUUUUGCCUAUCAGGAGCAAGAGCUUCGCCUGCAAAGACAGUUAUCCGUAACAAGGUGCCCUUGCUUGUCACUAAUGCGUGCACGAGGAUAUUUCAAAAAGUUACUUGGGAGUAUACCAGCAAGUCUAAGCGUUCCUCGCCUGUAUGUUCUUACAAACCAGCGUUUCAAUCAAUGUUAAAUUGUAUCUAUGAAACAUUAGAUGAAAAAGGUUACUCGAACAAGACCUUAGAAAAAACAUUUGGUACCAUCAAAAAAAGCUGUGCAAGCUAUACCGAUGCACUUCAAAACAUGACUAAUUCUGAGUUUUAUGACGCUCUAAACAACGGAACCAGUCAUAUGGUGCCCUAUGUCAAAGGUAGUGCAAACCUGACAUAUCCAGUUGAAAUGGAUGCACAAUUAAGAAAAGCCUACUAUCAUGCAUGGCAUGGCUUCUAUGCUAAUUUAGAUGUCGGAAACAUAUAUGGUGGUAUUAUAUGUGCAUAUUUUGUCGCUAUCAUGAUUUCUGCAGGCAUUCUUCAUUACAUGAAUUACACUCCCUUUAAAACUGUUCUAUUCAAGCAAAAGAUUGUGAGAUAUGCAAGGGGAUACCUCACUCUACCUACUAUUGGGAGAAAACAUGCGUCAGAUUUCUCUUAUCUUAAAAUAUUCACUGGCUAUUUACCUACUAGAUUUGAAGGUGUCAUUAUACUUGGAUACCUUGUGCUUCAUACCGUUUUUUUGGCAUACGGUUAUGAGUAUGAUCCUGAAAAUAUAAUAUUCAUGUCUCGUAGAGUUCAAGUUGCCCGGUAUGUGGCAGAUAGAAGUGGUGUCCUUGCGUUCGCACACUUUCCAUUAAUAGUUCUUUUUGCAGGGAGAAACAACUUUCUCGAGUAUAUUUCUGGGAUCAAGUAUACCUCUUUCAUUAUGUUUCACAAAUGGUUGGGAAGAAUGAUGUUUUUGGAUGCUAUGAUUCAUGGCGCUGCAUAUACCAGUUAUACAGUGGCCUAUAAAACUUGGGCGACAAGUAAGCAUCGAUUAUAUUGGCAAUUCGGGGUAGCGGCGCUUUGCUUAGCCGCUACAAUGGUUUUUUUUUCCUUUGCAGUAUUCAGAAAGUAUUUUUAUGAAGCUUUUCUUUUUCUUCAUAUAGUCCUUGGUGCACUGUUCUUUUAUGCAUGCUGGGAGCAUGUUGUUGGUUUAAGUGGUAUUGAGUGGAUCUACACUGCUAUUGCGAUUUGGAUCGUUGACAGGCUUAUUCGACUUUUUAAAGUGUCACAUUUUGGUUUCCCCAAGGCAUCCUUGCAACUAUUCGGGGAUGAUUUAAUUAGGCUAACAGUUAAAAAACCGGCAAGACUAUGGAGGGCCAAGCCUGGGCAGUAUGUUUUCGUUUCGUUUUUACAUCCACUAUAUUUCUGGCAGUCACAUCCAUUUACUGUUUUGGAUUCAGUCACCAAAAGUGGUGAACUGGUUAUUAUUCUAAAGGAGAAAAAGGGAGUAACAAGACUUGUUAAAAAGUAUGUGUGUUGCAAUGAAGGUAAGGCGUCGAUGAGACUUGCUGUAGAAGGACCAUACGGUUCUUCGUCCCCUGUUAAUCAUUAUGAUAAUGUAUUGUUACUUACUGGAGGUACCGGUUUGCCUGGACCUAUUGCACAUGCGAUUAAACUUGGUAAAACCUCAGCGGCAGCUGGAAAACAAUCUGUAAAAUUAGUAAUUGCGGUUAGAGGGUUCGACGUACUCGAGGCUUACAAACAAGAGCUAAUAUGUCUAAAGGAUCUGAAUGUACAACUUCACAUCUACAACACAAUGCAAGUUCCACUAUUAACUUCUAAUGAUAGUUUGGAUAUUACCCAACAGGAUGAGAAAGCUGAUGAAAAAGGCAUUGUUGUGGCAACUACUUUAGAAAAAUCACCUAACCCGUUUGAAUUUGAUGGUGCUGUUUUCCAUCAUGGGAGACCAAAUGUUAAGGAACUUCUGCAUGAAGCGGCUGAGCUUAGUGGUUCAUUAUCUGUGGUUUGUUGUGGACCUCCUGUUCUUGUUGACAAAGUGAGGAACGAAACAGCAAAAAUCGUUUUGGAAAAAUCUUCAAAAGCAAUUGAAUACUUUGAGGAGUAUCAAUGUUGGUGA